CUGUCUUCAACUUCACAUCCAGAGCAGCCGUCAACAUGACUAUUAACACACUCAGUCAGGACGGAGUGCAGCGACAGCAAAUGCCUUGUCUGACUAAGAUGGAGCGCAUGAUCAUAUCCAUGCAGGAUCCUGAUAUGGGCAUCAAGCUGCGCAAACAGCGUCUCCUUAUUACGGUCAUACCACACGCAAUGACUGGUGCAGAUAUUGUUGAAUGGCUGAUUAAGAAGUGUUCUAUCUCUGAUGAAGAGGCAUUGCACAUUGGACAAAUCUUUGUGAAGUACGGAUACAUUUACCCUUUAAAAGAGCCCAGAAACCUGAUUCUGAAAGUUGACGAUUCACCUUAUCGCUUUCAGAUGCCAUAUUACUGGAUGUCAACACGCUGGCCUGCUUCAGAACUGGACUAUGCAAUCUACUUGGCCAAGAAGAAUAUCCGAAAACAAGGAGAACUAAUUGAGUAUGAAAAGGAGUGCUAUAAUGCUUUACAUAAACGUAUCAACCACACAUGGGACUUUGUUGUGAUGCAGGCAAGAGAGCAGCUCAGGGCAUCAAAACAGCGUCGGAAAGCAGAUCGUAUAGUGCUGGAGUGUCAGGAACAAGCUUACUGGCUAGUGAACAGACCUCCUCCGGGGACACUGGACAGCAUAGACCAUGGACCGGAGAGAAGAACCAUGAACACACGAGUGCAGCUGAAUGCAGAAUUCUACAAAAAAGAGAUUGAACAUAACAGAAUAAGCCUGGCGAGGAAUCGUGUAAAGUCCUCAAUUUGCCUUGAGAGUUACGUUAAGUAUUGUGAGCAGUACCAGCCCCAUGACCCCAUAAUGCAAGGAUGUCUUCCCAGCAUCCCCUGGAUCACAGAUGAUAUCAUGUUUUGGAACAUGAACUGUGAAACAGUUGCUGUGCCAACUAAACUGCGUGUGGAGCGCUGGAGCUUUAGCUUCAUGGAGCUGCUGAACGACCCAAUGGGCAGAAAAGAGUUUCUCACUUAUUUGAAGAAAGAAUUCAGUGCGGAGAACUUGUGUUUCUGGCAGGCCUGUGAGGAUGUUCGUCACGGCGAGACCUCAAAAAUUCCAGAGAAAGUGGAUGAGGUUUACAAGCAGUUCCUGGCUCCUGGUGCGAGUCGCUGGGUGAAUAUUGACAGCAAAACCAUGGAAAAGACCCUGGAAGGACUCAAGCGCCCUCAUCGUUUUGUCUUGGAUGAUGCUCAAAUGCACAUUUACUUCCUCAUGAAAAAGGAUUCAUACCCUCGUUAUCUCAAAUCUGAUCUCUACAAGAACUUAUUAUCCAGAGCCAUAGUACCACAGGAGACCAAGAAAAGUGUGUUCCCGUUCAUGCGUCGCCAGCGUCACUCCAGCCCCUCACCUGCCCUCACCACCCAAGCUGCAGAGGAUGAUGGGAAGGCAAAGAACUCUUUCAAAAGCAAUUCUGGAACUGCAUCCCGGCUUUAAACAUGCACACAACAUGUACUUUUUAUUUGUAUUUUGUGCUACCUUAUGAUACCUAACACAGUUGUAAAUGGAUCUGCAUUGCUUCCUGUUGUGCUUUACAGAUGUUUUAGAGUAUAACAAAAGGUCAUUAUGUAAUAAGAAUGCUUGAUUCCUCUGUUCACAUUUCUCUGUAUCGUAUCACGCAGGAAUACAGCUUUUCGUGCGUUUCAAAGAUACAAUGUAUUUAUAGCAAUAAUGCGAUCAGACAUAAGCACAAUCUCACUAACUUUCAGCUGAUACCUGAAGUGACAUGAUGGGACAUCUGUAGUAAAUGUGUAAAACUAUAUAAUAAAUUAUUGGUAACUUGACAUAAAAAGGCUAACCUUAAUCUGUAUCUGGUAAAUAAUCCUGAGUAAAGGAAUUUGUCAGUAGAAGUAUUCAAAAGAUACAGGUUUACAUAGAAAACCCAUUAGAUUUAAUGUUAAUCACUCUAAAAG